CAGUUAGGUUGCGCACAUGCUGCAGUUUCAGUUUGUUUUAUUCACCAUUUUGAGAAGCUCAAGGUACAAUUUAAACUAAAAUCGCGUUUGGAAAAGAAAUUCGUUCCCGUAUAUUUCGUUUUACGCAGUAGCUCGGGCGUUGGAACGUUUCGUUGCGCCCAUUGGAGUUGCAGAGCGGGACGAUUUYAUUUUUAUUUUCCUGGAUUUAUUUUCCCCUUUCUUACAUUCUUAACCUCUACAGUAUUUCUGCAAAAUGUCAAGACCAGUGAGGAACAAGAAGGUGGUGAAUUACUCACAAUUCCAGGAAUCUGAUGACGCAGAUGAGGAGUAUGGGAAGAACUCAGACAAGCCUAAGAAGCCUCGUGCGGCUCCUCGCGAGGUGAAGCGCAAGCGGUCAAAGAACUCGCAGGAGGACAGYGAGGAUUCUGAUGAAAAACUCUCCAAAUCCAAAAAUGAUUCAGCAGAUGACUUUGGCAGUGAUGAAGACAAUGACUUUGGAGAGGAAGAUGACGAGGAUGGAGGGAGCGACUACGAAGCUAAACAAGGCAAAAAGGGAAAGACAGCCAAGGUGGCAAAGCCCACUAAGAGGACACCCAAGAGAAAACGACCCGCAGAUGACAGUGAUGAGGAGGUGAGUCGUAAGGUGCGUACGGUGCGCCAGGCUGCCACCAAGGCUGUGUCUAAACAGAGAGAGAUCUUGCUGGGAGACGGAGGCAGUGAGGACGAGGAACGCGAAGACAAGGAGGAGGCCUUCGCAGACCCUGAUGAGUCGGGCAGUGAUGAAGACUUCAUGGUUGAGGAUGAUGAUGAUAGUGACUAUGGCCGCUCCAAGAACAAGAGGAGCAGCAAGAAGGUGAUCAAACGGAGCCGGCCAGAAAGGAAGGAAAAGAAAUCCCCCAAACCACGACUAAAGGCCACUGUGACCCCCAGCCCAAUGAAAGGAAAGGGUAAAGGUCGCCCCAGUGCUGCCAAGGCCCUGGAGAAGAGCUCGCCCAAAGAGGAGGAAGAGGAGGAGCCAGAGAGCCCUCUGGAGGAAGAGGAGGAGGAGGAGGAGGUGGUGGUGAAGAAAGACUCCUCCCCCAGUCCCAAGAAAACGAAGGAGGCACCCGGGAAGGAGAAGAAGGAAAAGGAAGAUGAGGAGGAGGAGGAGGAGGAAGAGGAGGACGGAUCGGAAGAGGAUGUGCCCUCUGGGGAAGACUAGACCCACAGAAGUCCCACCUCUCUCUCUCUCUCUCUCUCUCUCUCUCUCUCUCCCCCCCCUCCCCUUCCCUCUCUCUUUACCUUCUCAAGUUUUUGUUUCUCUUGGUUUAGAGUUUAUUUUGGUUUCAUUGGUGGCCUGGCUCAAUGGUUUGAACCUCGUGCGGAUUUGUUGUUUAGUGUUUGUUGUUUAGUGUCUGGCUUCCCGUAAUGACUGACUGACUGAGGACAUCGUAUCUGUGUGCAUAAGAACAUGCAUACCAUAUGGCUGUGAGGGAUGGAAGGAAAGAACAAGUGAGAUUUUACUCCAUCUCUCUGAACAUGUCCCAUUCCUCCAUCACUGUCCCCUCUGCUCAGCCACACCUCUACUGGCACACCUCUUCUCUUUUUCAUCUCCCUCUCCGCAGUGACUGCAUUAGUCUUUCCUACACAAGUCUGUGUGAAGCUCAGAAAACGGUUCUUUAGGUUUUGUUAGUUUGCCUUUCUGAGAGCUCCGUGCUAGUGGACAUCUGUCCUCAACAGUCAAUUGAAGUGUGGAGUCACUCGUUUUCUUUCUGCAGGCUGAUGUGUGUGUAAGUGAGCCUUCUAUUAAAAAAAAUAUAUAUAUA